CGAGCCCCGGGCGACGUCACUGAGUGGGUGAUGAGCUCUGAAUUUCAUACACCACGAGGAAAAAAAGGUCCCCAGCUGAAGAAGGCAGGAAAAAAGUGUGACGAGAGGAGCACUAAAUGCCUAGACGUCUACCUGUUUGGAUCAGGAUGAGAUCUGGAGCAAUCGCAGAAGAGCGCGCGCACGCAGGUUCAGCACAUGGCACUCAAGUCAACAGCUUUGCUCGUCAGAAUAAAAACUGAAUAUUUUACAUACCAAAUGGAAACGCUUUUUAAAAGUUCUGGCAUCUAAGUAGUUCGAGAGGUUUGACUACAUUCCAUUAACCUAAUCUUAGUGCACUUCUGCCUGGAAUUCUCCUCAAUUUAUCUGGUUUUGAUGGAUGAAGAUCUCCAAGAAGUAAUAAUGAAGAUGCUGAGGACUCUCCAAACGGAUUUUGCGACCGUCCUCACCCGAUGAUGUGCUGCUUGGAAGUGUAACAUUAUCCAGGGGUGCUGAAUCUUCUCAGAUAUUACCAAACGUUCGCACAGGAAAGCCAUUGUCAUUUCUGGACUAGUUCAUCAGACGUAAACUUUUGUCACUCGAAAGCCAUUUGACCAUGACGAUUCCACUUUCCAGAACACAACUUGCUCUCUUCUUUAUUCUACUUUGUCCAGUCAACAUCAUCGGGCUCUGGUGGGCAGUGGGGAGUCCCUUGGUCAUGGACCCGAAUAGCAUCUGCAGGAAGACCAAACGUCUGGCGGGCAAGCAGGCCGAGCUCUGCCAGACUCAGCCGGAGAUCGUCAACGAAGUCGCCAAGGGCGCCAAGCUGGGCGUGCGAGAAUGUCAAUACCAGUUCCGCUUUCGUCGCUGGAACUGUACCAGCCAGAACAAAUACUUUGGCAAAAUCCUCCAGCAAGACAUCCGAGAGACAGCAUUUGUGUAUGCCAUCACAGCAGCGGGUGUAACGCAUGCAGUGACCCAGGCUUGCAGCAUGGGGGAGCUGCUACAAUGCGGCUGCGAGGCCACACGGAGUAGAGGCCCCCCCCCUCGCUUAGCCAGUAUUGGCCCAACCGAAGGGGUCAAGUGGGAGUGGGGGGGCUGUGGGGACGACGUGGAGUUCGGCUAUGAGAAGUCCAAGCAGUUCAUGGACGCCAGACGGAGGAAGGGCAAGAGUGACAUCCGCACACUGAUAGACCUUCAUAAUAAUGAGGCUGGACGACUGGCGGUGAAGAAUUAUAUGAGAACUGAAUGUAAAUGUCACGGGCUGUCUGGCUCUUGCACUCUGAGGACCUGCUGGAAGAAAAUGCCUCACUUCCGCGAAGUGGGUGAUCGCCUGCUCGAGCGCUUCAACGGGGCAUCCAAAGUGAUGGGUGGGAAUGACGGUAAGACUCUCAUCCCAGUGGGGCAGAACAUCAAACCUCCGGACAAGCAAGAUCUCAUCUACUCAGCCGAGUCACCGGACUUCUGCCUGCCGAAUCGGAAGACAGGUUCCUUGGGCACACGCGGGCGAAUGUGCAACAGCACAGCGCUGGACGUGAGUGGAUGUGACCUUCUGUGUUGCGAGCGGGGUUACCGGGACGAGACAGUAGUCCUGGAGGAAAACUGUCUCUGCCGUUUCCACUGGUGCUGCGUGGUCCAGUGUAAAAAAUGCUCGGUCAGGAAAGAACUGAGUUUGUGUCACUAACCGAGAACCCUUGUUGCAGGGAUUGAGUUGAGUGAUUCUGAACAAGGAAGUGGUGCCAGUGUCAGAACAAAAGAAUCGAGAACAUUCCAGAUUCAUGCUUACACAUUUCAAACCUUGAGGCUUUUGAAAAGCCUAGAGGAGUGUCUGACUUGUGACUGACCCCUCCGAAAACCCAGGACGCUAUAGUCUCAAUGAUCACUCAAGACUCAAGGGGUUGUUUAGCUGUGAAGUCAAGACAUUCUGACAUUCUUAUCAGCAGAUUGAGAAGGCUUUUGUGCAUCUUUUUCUGUUAAAUCAGCCCUUUAUAUUUUAUGAGUUUAGACUGGAAGCACAUCCACAUCAGCAACACAGCCACAGUGUAUGCUGGCUGUUCAUGCUCUGAAGUGACAGAACAUCAAGAAAGUGAUAUUUGGCAUAUCACUGGAUAUGAAACAAAGACUGUUAUUUAUAAGCAUUUUAUAUCAUGACUACUUCUUGUGACUAUGCCCUGUUAUUUUCCUUCAAAAGCACUUUGAGAACUUUUAACAGAAAGGGUAACAGAUCAUUUUACUCUUAAACUCAAAGGUAAAAAGCAAAUGCAAGAGAUCCAACAUGUAAAAACUAUUAUGUUUGUGAGAUAUUUCAUCUCUGGGGCUUUUAAUGCACUUUUACUGAUACUGAUCACUAUUUUUCUUUGGUUUGCUCCUUGGUGAAAAGCAUUUUCAGUGGUUUGUUUCAGUUUUGGUUGUUUGUUAAGAGUUCUUGUGUAAGAGUUCUUCUCUUGACCUCAUUUAUAUGCUCUGAAAUGCCUUUUUUAGUAUGCUAACACUGCUCAAUAGUUCUCAAAACCAAUUGCAACUGAUCAUUAAUGACAAUGAUCAGAGGAAUGCAUGAGAAAUUUCAUGUUUUAUCACUUUGUUUUAUUUACAAUGGCUCUCUCACUGGAGGGUUAACAGUGUAAUGGUUUCCAUGGACUUCAUACAGGUCAUCAAAACACCAUUUCAGCACCAUGUUAAUUUAAUUAAGUGUCACCCAAAUACAUUAUUUCAUUAAUACAAAUACAUUUCUGCAGUCUGUACAGUUAAUGAAAUCAGAACACAGAAAUGUCAACAGACAGAUUGCAGAGCUUCACAGGCUACUUAAGAGGUCAGCCAUGAUACUUUCAUCAAGUGUUAAUCUCAAGUCUCCCAUCCUUUGUUUGGAAUGUAUUUCAUUUUUUUGAAAAUACCUUCGUAAGGUAUCAUCUGGAGCGAGCCACAGACCGUUUUCACAUGCAUUUGUUUUAGGAGCAUACGUAUAAAAUACUUAAUUAGACUGAAAAGUGACUACAGUGCCUCAAAAUAUAACAUAAGAUUCAUCUGUAUUUAUCUGUAGACUCUUCAAAAUUUGUAGUUCCUCAACCUCUUAU